CUCCACUACUAUGGCCGCCAGUUCCGCUAAAAUGGCGCUAGGGUGGAGGACGCUCGACCUGCCCAGUAUGGCAACAUCAUACGUCUACAUAACAAUGCUUGACCCUCCCAAGAUGGCGUAACUCAGCCUAGGGUCUUUAGAGUAGACCUGUGGCCUGAACAAUAUGGAGCCCAAGUCCGGAGGGGAGAUCGCUGACCGGAAUCCUCUCAGCCUGUUUGACUUAAGUGGCGCGGUAGUCAGCUCCAUCAUGAGACACGUGGAGAAAGAGGUUUGGGCACUUCCAGGUCCAGUCCUUCAGGGUAUCCUGCCUCUACUUAACAUAUACUACCUGGAGCGAAUUGAAGAGACUGCUGUGAAAAAAGGGCUCUCAACACAACCUAUAUGGUGCAAGCUCUGGUUUGACAUCAUCAAAACAAGACCUUCCAGAUUAGAGAGUGUCAAGUGUUGGAGGAAGAAAUUCCUUGAAACCUUCUUCUCAAAUGUGCUGCGUGGGAUUUUGGAUGUAUCUUCAUACCAACAGCUGAGUGAUCCUUGCUUUCUGCCCUUGCUAUACACUUCACGACAUGUUACCCAGCUCACCAUCUAUAACAUGCUUGAAGGCAUAUCAGAGCUCAUGGCUGAACACAAUCAGAGUGUUCUAGAAAACCUGGCUGUCUCACUCAAAAGUUUGACAUUCCGUCACCUCCUCUCCUUAAGUCUCUCUGCCAGGCAACAGUUGAGUUUGUUUCUUCAUCGCCUCAUUCAUCAUGGUGCUGUGGACCAGCUGUCUAUGUACUCUUGGCCUGAUCCUGACCCAGUAGUGUUAGCCCUCAUUCUAAAAAUGAGUGCGGGGGGUUGGCACCCAGGAAAAGCAGUGAUGAACCCAGGCAAACUUUGUCAUCUGUGUCAAGAAAAAUCUGUUGACCAGAAACAAAAGCUCGAUCAAGAGUCUAAGAAGCUUUUUGAUUCAAGGCAGCAGUUCCAUAAAUCAGCAGCUAGCCGAUCCAGUGAUAAGGAGCUGAGAAAUGAGAAAGUGUUGCCCAGGUUGUCUCAAGAAUUUGUUCCAGGCUUCAAAAAUGCCAUAGAACUGGCUAGAACCAAUAACAAGAUUCUACAAGACCCAGGAGGCCAUGAAUUGGGUUGCAAUUCUUACCAAAACAGAAUGCAGUACUGUGCUGGUUCAGAAAGAGACAGUGCUGAUGAGGGAUCUGUUAGUUCCACUGCAACAAAGUCAAGUCAAGAUGCACCUGCUUUAGGAAGAUCUCAAAAGAGGCGUAAGGUUGUAGCAACAAAAAAGCACAGCUGCUCUAGGAGGGCCACCCAAGCUGCUACAGAGUUGGAUGACCUCUAUGACUUUGUCUUUGCAGUUGCAAGGGAAGAGGAGGGGGAGAGCAAAAGAAGGCAUGCUGAGGAGGGGAACAGGCUUGCAAAUUGCUUCCAAGCAGAGGCUGCUGAUGGUACUGGUGUGAUUUGUCCUGAGGGAGCCCAACCAAUAGGAAUCACACCUUUGAAAAUGGCUGCCUCUUUUCGAAGUGUAUCCAUGCUGGAAGUAUUCUCCAUCCCUCUGACCAGGAAUAUGUGUCAGAUGCUUGGUAACUUGUUGAGUUCUUGGGUGUCUUUGGAAAAACUUGUCCUGACUUUGAACGGUUUAGGCCCCGGCAUCUUAAAUAUCCUCUCUGGGCUCCGAGCCCUGUCCCGACACAGCAAUUACUGCCUCCGUGUGGUGCAUAUCAGUGACAUGUUUUCACAUGUUCCCUGCAUGAAUCUUGUCCAUUCUUUUUUGAGUGCUGUUCCAUUGCUUCAGACGCUUUUGGUCAGCUUUGAUCUCAGAUCCACAACAGAAUCAAGCAAGCCUGAAGAAAGCUCGGGGUUACCAUCAUUGCAGGAAGAAAUUCCAGAGAGCCAUCUGGAACAUCUUGACAUCAGAUUUCCCCGGGAACCUCUUCAAACAAGUCUCUUGUUGCCUGUGCUAAAAGCUUCAAGGUCUCUCCAGAGUCUGUCUCUAGACAGUGUUGCAAUUUCCUGUCCCGAGGAGGUUGGGUUUCUCCUUCAUGCGCUCAGAGAAUAUAGCCCAAGUCUCAGGAAGCUAAGCUUUCAUGACAUCAACCUUUCCAGCCAUUCAAAAGAAGUCCUCUUUCUGCUGCAGGACCAUAUCCUUCAAGAAAUUACAUUUUCCUUUUGUCGGCUGUUUGAAAACUGCACUGCUGAGCUUCUGUCUGAAAUCAUCAAUGUUGUGAAGAACAAUUCAUCACUGAAGAGCCUUAGACUCCCUGGAAAUAGGCUGGGAAAUCACAGGCUGGUCGCACUGGCUGACAUUUUUUCUGAAGAUUCAUCCUCUUCCAUCUGUUUCCUGGAUGUAAGCUCCAACUGUAUCAAACCCGAUGGUCUCCUAGAGUUUGCCAAGAAGCUGGAGAGCUAUGUAAGCCAACGCGGAGAACACAUCAAGUUUACCAAACUCUGCCUCUAUCAAAACUGGCUAGACCAAGAUGCUGUAACUGCUCAAGAGGCUCUCUUACGGCUAAAAGCUAUGUGCAAUGUAGUCAGUGACACAUGGGACUCAUCUCAGGCCUUUGCUGAUUACAUCAGUGUGAUGUAAUGAACACUUAUGGAAUAAUAUCUUGUAUUAAAGUUGCUUGCAUUUACUAGAA